AAUAGUUUUGUUUCUUUUUUACACAUAUUUAUUAAAUUUUUGUUAAGCUGCAGCCUCUCCCCUGUGUUCGGUUCAGCCAUCGUCCUACGGAACUCUCACCACCGCAACUGCCGUCAUUCUCUCUCGCUCCGCCGCUACCUGAAAAACUUCGCUCUACAACUUCUACAUAAGCCUGUAAUGGAUAAUAUUGAAGCAAAACAGCAGAGAUUAGAUAAUUUCAAAAUUGGGUCUUUGCCAAAUGUAUUUUAUAUUCCUGACUUCAUCACUGAUGCUGAUCAAACCCUUCUUUUCAAUAAUAUUUAUGCAGCUCCUUCAUCUAAGUGGAAGUUGUUGAAGAAUAGAAGGCUUCAAAAUUGGGGCGGUGUUGUCCAUGAGAAGGGCCUUCUACCUCAAGCUUUGCCUCCAUGGUUAACAAAUUUCACACAUAAAAUAUCCGAAGAAUCGGGACUAUUCCCAUCACCAAUCAAUCAUGUUCUCAUAAAUGAAUACCAGCCUAAUCAAGGCAUAAUGCCACACCAAGACGGACCUUCCUAUUUUCCAGUUGUUGCUAUUCUAUCACUUGGAUCACCUGUUGUCAUGGACUUCACUCCCCAUGCCAGAUUAAAACUUGAUUCACAAGUUAUCGACAAAGAAUCCGAUGGAGAAACUAUUGAGAUUGUGAAAGAUAAGUGGCUUGACGAUCACCGUCCGUUCUCUAUUAUAUUGAUGCCUCGCAGUUUAUUAAUAUUCAAGGAUAACGCAUACUCAGAUUACUUGCAUGGUAUAAAAGAUUGUGAGGUACAUGACUAUGAUGGGGCUGUAAAUGAAGCUGAGGCUUUGAAACACAGUGAAUCAUAUAGACAUCUUUUUGGCUCAGAGGAUAAGGAGGAAACAAUAGGAAAAGAAGAGUGUAAGAAUAUAUCAAGAACUGUCAAUAGAGUUUCGUUGACUUGCCGAUUGGUUCCAAAAGUUCACAAGAAUUGUUUAAGUAGUAGUAGUAGUUUGGGGGGUGUUACAUUAGUGGUAUCAGGGCACAGUCGGUCAUUCAGGAAGAUGGUUGCUGGAAGGAAUGAUGAUGUGUUUGCAGCGGAAUUGACUCUGUUGGCUGGUGUCGUUCUGCAAAUGAAUGUUGGUGAUCGGGAGCGUGAUGUUGAUGAAUUUCAUGCGCAGAAGGUGCAGUUUGGCACUCAUAUGCUUGAGAAAGAAGCUGAGGAUUGGUGGCGCAAUGUUGUUCCGAGAUUUGAUGAGGAUGGCAUUGAAGUGACUUGGGCACUUUUCUGGAGAACUAAGUAUGCUACAAAGUUUGAGGAGUUGAUCAAAUUUUGUCCCAAUUACAAUACUGCUAAUGUUGAGAGAUCCAAGUGUAUUAAGUUUGUGAAUGGCUUGAGACCUGAUAUCAAGAAGGCAAUGGGUUACCGACAGAUUACGAGAUUUUCUGAGUUGGUUAACAAGAGUAGGGUCUAUGAUGAGGAUAGUCGUGAGAGUGCUGCUCAUUAUAAGUCCUUGUAUGAUAAUAAAGGAAAAGGGAAAUUCCGAGGGAAGCCGUAUGAUGGUAAGAAGAAAGCUGGUGAUGGCAAGAAGCCGAGUGGGGGAGGAUCUCACACUUCUGUCAAGUGCUUCAGAUAUGGUGUUGAGGGACAUCGUGCUCCCGAGUGUCCUAAGGGCGAUGUAACUUGUUUCUAG